AUGUCAGAUAUAGAUACUUCGUUGAAUAGAAAGUUAAAGGAUAUCGCCGCAGGGUUCAUUGGUGGUGCAACACAGGUGUUGAUUGGCCAACCAGCUGAUCUUGUGAAAAUUCGAUUGCAAACGUCCACUACGCCUACUACGUCAGCCCAAGUGAUCAAAAAUGUGAUCAGGAACGAAGGAUUACUAGCAUUCUAUAAAGGCACAUUGCCUCCGUUAUUCGGCGUUGGUGCGUGUGUGUCGUUGCAGUUUUACGGGUUUCAUGAAUGCAAACGUCAGCUUUUAAAGCUGAGCAAUAAAAACGAAUUGAACUUGUGGCCCCAAACAUACAUUGCCGGGGCAGUAGCUGGUAUAGUGAACACUCCUGUCACCGCUCCCGUUGAGCAGUUGAGAAUUUUAUCGCAAUCAAACACCAAGAGUGCUUCGAAUUCGUUAUUGUCUACCGUCAAGAAGAUAUACGCAGAAAGAGGUUUCACAAAUGGGAUAUACAGAGGCUUCACUGUCACCUUAUUGAGGGAGACCCAGGCGUACGGUGUGUGGUUUUUGGCGUACGAAUCGUUGAUCAGUUAUAUCCAAUCAUCGAGAGGUUACAAGUCGAGAAACGAUAUUUCUACGGUCGAAUUAUUGACUGCCGGUGCGUUGGCUGGUAACGCCCUUUGGCUCUCGUCGUAUCCAAUUGAUGUCAUCAAGUCCAACAUCCAGAGUGACAAAUUUGGGCCUGAAUCUAGGUUCAACGGUAGUAUGUCCUUGGCCGCAAAGCACAUCUUCAAAACCAACGGGUGGUUAGGUUUCUGGAAAGGAUUGGCCCCUUGUUUGGUAAGAGCUGUUCCAUGCUCCGCAGGUACGUUUGCUAGUGUUGAAUUGGCAUUGAGACUCAUGGGGUAG